AACCUAUAUUUGAAAAACCAAAAAAUUUCAAGUAUGGCAGCUCUUGUUGCAGAGGAGCCUCUACAAACACACUGUAUUUUGCCUAAAGAUAUUGAAGAUGAAAUAGGCCAGAUUAAGCUUUUUAAUAAGUGGAACUUUGAGGACGUAGAAAUAAAGGAUAUAUCAUUGACGGACUAUAUUCAGAUCCGUCAGCCUCAAUAUCUUAAUCAUACAGCUGGGAGAUAUCAAGUAAAGAGGUUUCGGAAGGCACAAUGUCCUAUUAUUGAGAGAUUAACGAAUUCUCUUAUGAUGAAUGGCAGGAAUAAUGGGAAGAAGCUUAUGGCAAUGCGAAUAGUCAAACAUGCAUUCGAAAUAAUAUAUAUAUUAACCGACCAAAAUCCUAUUCAAGUUGUAGUAGAUGCAAUUGUUAAUUGCGGGGUUCGUGAGGAUUCUACUAGAAUAGGAUCAGCGGGUACGGUUAGACGACAGGCGGUUGAUGUAUCACCGUUACGUAGGGUUAAUCAGGCCAUAGCUUUAAUUACAAUUGGGGCUAGAGAAGCGGCAUUUCGAAGUAUAAAAACUAUUGCAGAAUGUUUAGCAGAAGAAUUAAUCAAUGCGGCAAAGGGAUCAUCUAAUUCAUAUGCAAUAAAAAAGAAGGAUGAGUUAGAGCGUGUUGCAAAGAGCAACAGAUAAGGGAUUUAAAAUAUUUAAUUAUUUGUAUUUCAUAGUUUUAAUAAAGGGUAUAUUUUAU